CCUAACCCAGCCCAGGACGGUUCCACGCUCCACCGCCGCCUGCCCUUGCCCCGCCGCCGCGCCGUACCUCACCGCCGACGCCCCCUCCCGCCCACACCCCACGCCCCCAAACACCUCCGCCUCACGCGCGCGUUGUUGCCCUCGCCGUUUCCCUCUCCCCGUCGUCGCGGCGCAGUCAGCUCCUGCCCCGCGCCCUCCAUGGCGACCUCGAAGAAGGUGGUGACGCGCGACGAGUGGGAGGGGAAGCUGCGGGACGCCAAGAUCCGCAAGGAGGACAUGAACCGCCUCGUGAUGAACUUCCUCGUCACCGAGGGCCUCGUCGACGCCGCCCACCGCUUCCGCCUCGAGUCCGGCACCCAACCGGAGAUCGACCUGGCGACCAUCACCGACCGGAUGGAGGUGAAGAAGGCGGUUCAGUCGGGGAACAUCCAGGAGGCCGUCGAGAGGAUCAACGAUCUCAACCCCACGAUUCUGGAUACGAAUCCCGAAUUAUACUUCCAUCUGCAGCAACAAAAGCUGAUAGAGUUGAUUCGUGUGGGGAAAAUACCUGAAGCUUUGGAGUUUGCUCAAGAAGAACUCGCACCAAGAGGCGAAGAAAAUGAAGCCUUUCUCGAGGAAAUAGAGAAAACUGUAGCGCUUUUGGUUUUUGAAGAUGUAAAAAACUGCCCAUACGGGGAACUACUGGAUGUUUCUCAACGUUUGAAGACAGCAAGUGAAGUUAACGCUGCCAUUCUUACAAGCCAAAGCCAUGAGAAAGAUCCGAAACUCCCCAGCCUGUUGAAGAUGUUGAUUUGGACUCAAAACCAGUUGAGCGAAAAGGCAGCGUAUCCACGAAUCAAUAACUUGUCCACCGCUGACUUAGAAGAUCCAGCUAUAUGAUGAGCUGCUGCUGCUUAGGGGUUGAUUAGGCACUGAGCUUAGGCACCAGCAGGCCCAUGUCUGCAUCUACAAACUGACUGAGCUGAGGUCUGUUUGUCGUUUACUUGAACACAGUGCUUGUUUCAUCAGUGUUGGCAAAAAGGCUGACAUGGGAACUUUUCGCUCUCUCCUAUUGUUCAUAUGAUGAUGCAGAGAAUGUUUUCGUCACAUUUUACUAUAUGGUAAAUGUUUCAGUUUGAUAUGCAUAGAACCGCUGUGUGUGGCGCUUAUGUUACACAAAAGAAUGUCUGGGCCAAGAUUUUGAUGUUCAAUGCAUCCGUUCCUGUUA